AUGUCCAAGCUGAUCAUACCAUGUCGCAACUUUCUCUGGAGUGCCAGCCGUUCAAUUCAUACAACGGCCCCUCUUUUGAAGAAAGUGAAGAAAGGUGCUGCCCACACUGGGAAGGCAGCCGCCAAGGAGGCUGAGCCUGAUGAAAUCGUUGAUGUCAAGAGUUACCUUUUAGCAGCAAAGAGCAAAUUUGAUCAAUGCCUUGUUGCUUGUCAGAAGAGACAAAAUGAGGUGAAACAGUCCACCGCAAACGUUAAGAUAUUUGAUCAAUUGAAACUGGCCACGGGUGCACCCUUCACUGACGUUGCAUCGACAUCCCUCAAGGGUAAAAAUGCCCUUUUAGUGAGUGUGUUCAACCCCUUGGAUGUAAAGAAAGUGGUAAGCUGCAUUUUGGCAUCAGGGAUGAAUUUGACACCAGAACAAAUGGAAGGCGAGGGGAACCAACAGAACUUGAAAAUAUCGCUACCUCCACGAACGAGAGAAUCUCGUUUGCAACAAUGUAAGGACUGCAAAGCGGUCUUCGAGGAAUAUAAGAAUUCAGGGCUGAAAUCGUCACUGGGAUCUGUGAGAAGAACGUUCAUGAGCAAACUGAAAACAAUAAAGCAAGAUGACGUGGUUAAAAGAACGGAGAAGGAUUUGGAGGCGAUGCAUAAGGCCUACGUGAACAAACUGCAUGAACAAUUCAAACAAGCAGAGAAGAGUAUAAUGGCUUGA